AACCUGCGCAUUCAUUUAUACUUGAAGUUUAUUCACUCUUUUAACAAUCUCCUGUUUUGUCCCGUUAAGUUGUAGCAUUAUCAUUUUUUAAUUAAUCACACACUAAUACAAGCUCAUUAUCAAACACAGCUUCAAACGUCCGCAAAAUGAGCGUGUUGAUAGUUGCCAUGGUAACUAACGUCACUGCCUUCAGGUUAGCGUCUGAGCGCUAAUAUAAAGUUAUGCUAUGCUGUAAACAAGUCACCAUAUUCGGUUGAAAUAAAGUAACGGUAAGUCAUUUUAUGGAUUAUUAGAAAAUAAAACAGAUGACAGAAUCAGUGGCCGGUAAUAAAUAAAUGGCAACAAGCAGGAACUCGACUAUGAAAUCAUACUCUAAUAAUCCAAACAUGGAUCUAGUGGACAACCUUAUAGAAGAUGAAGCUGAGAGACAACGUCUACUUUCUAAACCAACCUGCUUCCUUGUGGUUGGAAGACCGGGUGUUGGGAAAUCCACCUUGGCCAAAGACAUUGCAGAUACCUGGGGUUGCAUAUUAAUUGAUGACACGAAUCUGAUUAACUUCCACAUCAGAACUCGAACAGAGGACGGCAUUAAGCUUCUGAAUAUCUUAAACGCGGGGGAAAGUGUACCAGAAGAGAUGAUUCUGCAGCUCAUCCUUGACAUGCUAAACUCAGAAAGAGUCAAACACUAUGGCUACGUGUUGAGCUGCCUCCCCUUCAUCUCGGAAGAGAACGUGGCAGUCGACCAGCAAAUUGAGAUCAUCAGAAACCUCAAGCUCAAACCUGACUUCAUCAUCAAUAUCAAGUGUGCAGACAAGGAUCUGGUCCAGAGACUGUCGAGUCAAAAGCAGCACCCGGAGACCGGCGUUAUGUACGGCCAAGACAAGUGGAAGCAUGACGGUGACUUUCAUGUCAUGGGAUUUAUAGAUAAGACGGAUGAGGACCUAGAAGACUCGGGGUCAGAGGAUGAAGAGGAAGAUGAAGAUAGUGAAGAGGACCAAACCUCAAAGAUCACAGUUGACCAGCUGGUGUGGGUCCCGGAAUGUAAUUCCAAAAAUACGUCUCUUAGAAUCAACACGUACAAGGACACCAUCCUCAAGCCACUGGAGGACUACAUGAUGGACCAUAACCCUAUAUACCUGUUUGAAUUGGAUGGAAGCAACAAACCUCGAGAGUUGCUCUUGUUUGUGUUGUCCCGUUUGGGAUCGAUGGCAAUUCAGCGUGUCCCCAUUCCAGUUGUCCUCCAUGAAAACAGAGAACUGCCUGAAGAUAUCGAAACGGAAGACCUGCUGAGGUUCAUGUCCUCCUCCAAAAUGAUGGUGCCAGGCUGCAGGUGGAGGAGGAGCCGCUGGGGUCGAAGUUGUCCCGUUGCUCUGAAGGAAGGAAGGUUCAUCCCGGGAAAACCAGAAUACUCUGUAGCCUUCCAGGACAAACUGUACAUCAUUUCCUCCCAAGAGGCCUUCGAUAAGUUUAUGACCAACCCCAGACGCUACCUGCUCCCUCCAAUGCCCAGCCCACCUUGUAGGGUUUGUAUCAUUGGAGUCCCGCAAACAGGGAGGAGCGCUCUGGCAAAACUUAUGGCUGAGCGGCACAAAGUUUCCAUGCUGGAAUUGGAGAAAUUGGCGGAGCCUCUGCUGGAUCAGCUGGAGCAGGAGAGGCUUGAAAAACUGAAAGUGGCGUGCAUGGAGGCGGCCAUUGAGAAAAUUAAGUUGAAGCAACAAAGCGAGGAGAUUUCUCCUGACAUUCCUGUUAUGGAGGUGACAGAGGAUCACCCCGAAGUGCAAGCCCUGAUGCAGAGUACCUUCGAUCAGGGCAAAAAUUCGAGCGACGCAAACAAGGAAGUCUUUUCUCUCGCUGUGAAGAAGAUUAUAACCGAAAAUGAAAAAGCGAACGCGGAAGCCAAGCUCGGCUGUGGAUGGGUGCUUGAUAACUUUCCCAGGAAUGUCUCCCAAUUGGAAUCAUUAGAACGAGCCGGAAUCUAUCCAGAUUUCCUUUUCUGUCUCAAGUGCAGUGAUGAGAACAAAACUGACAGUGCUGAACAACCAGAAAAAAAGGAAGAAAAGACUCCAGAUACAGAAGCGCAGAAAGCUGAAAAGGUCCAGUUUAGUAGAGAAUGGGAGGGGAUGCAGUUAUCUCUAAGUAUUAGCCACUCAGUACUGGAGACCGGCAACCGUGGCCCUGAGGAACUUCUCAAAGAGAUUGUCCAGCUCAUGGAAAAACCUUUCAAGUAUGUGCCCAGAGAGUUUUCAGCAGUGGACCUAGAUGAGGAAACGGAAGACAUCGAAGCCAUGGCAGAACUGGACGAUGACGAUGACGACAGCCUUUCCAAGGACACAGAAGACGAGGAGGAGGAUGAAGGAUCGGAGUCCUCAGGGGACGCAACAUCCAAGAGGUCCUUUGGUGAAACCUUUAAUUUCUGCCCGGUGGUGCUCCAAAAGCAAAAUACUCUAAUACCCUGUACGGAUGAGAUAGCCGGCAAGUAUCGAGAAAAGGUGUACUAUUUCUCCAGCCCGGAGGCCAGGGAGGACUUCCUUCAGGAUCCUGAACAGUAUAUUGCAAGUAGUGAGAUUCUUAAGCCUCCUGCCUUGCGGAUCUUUUUACUCGGUUGCAGAGGCUCGGGCAAGACCACUCAAGGUGAGUGGCUUGCCAAAAAACUCGGCCUCUUCCACAUUCAAUUCAGGGAGCAGCUUCAAAUGCUCCUCAUGGCAAAGACCAAGCAGCGGGUUGUUAGUGCCGACGAGUCUAUGGAGGAGCACCUCCAGGCCGCUAAGGAUGCUGUCAAAGAAGCCCUCGGGGAGGAGGAUGGAGGCGGAGAAACCACUGAGCAGGAAGUGGAAUUAACUGAGGAGGAAAUUAGUAUUAAAGCCUACUUGGUUGAUGAUGUUCCACUGAGUCAACAUAUUCUGGAAAAAGUCAUAACUCCAUACUGGAAAGAGGAGCCAUAUAUGUCUACCGGUUUUAUCCUGGAGGGUUUCCCUCACAACACUGAUGAAGUACAGCACGUGUUGCAGCAUCAGCUUUUCCCCGACGUCGUGGUCACCCUGAUGGUGGAGGUAACAGACAUUCAGGCGCGUCUGCUGCCAGAAUUUUGGAGGAGGUGGCGAGAACACUGUGACCAACGCGAUGCCUUGUUUAACAUUGUACGAGAACUAAACCGCAAGAUUCGGGAGGAGAACAUAGUGAAGAGGAGGGCAGAACUCAUGGAGGAGAAAUUAGCAACUGCGGGGGAGACAGCAAAAUUUACGUGUCGAGAUGAAGACGAGGAGGACGAAGACUCAAACAUCGAGGAUGAGAUAGAGGCUAUCCUGGAGGAGGAGUUUCCCUUGGAAAGGGAUGAUGAAUUCAUGGAUGAUGAGGAGACGAGGGAAGCAACUGACGACAGGCUGAGCCUGGAGAUCGAAGAACGCUACGUAUCUGAUACAAACAACAUCGCUUCCGUGUUGGAACUUCUGGCUGAGCUAAACAUUCCCAGAAUAUCCAUAAAUGCGGGGCGUAAGAAGCCCCUCAUUCGGCGUCAGCUCCUCUUGAAAGUGGAGCCUCUGCACACCAACAGGGAAUCGCUCUUCCAGAAAUGCCAAGCCAUCUCAUACAUGUUGUCACAGAAGCUCCUCCUCUACUCUUAUAAGUAUCACAGUGCCUUCGGCUGCCUGGACCCCGUCAAGCGGUACAAUGAGGGAGAUAUCAUCCAGCCUGUGCAGUGGCCUCUUGAUAGAGCUUAUCCUGUGCUCUUCAAUCAGUAUAUCUACUUUCUGGAGUCUAAGAAGAACCAACAAACAUUCAUGCUCAACCCUUUAAAGUACCUCAGACAGUCAAAGCCCUCCCCUACUCUUCCUGUUAAAAUGGCCAUAAUUGGACCCCCAAAAUCAGGGAAAAGCGGCGUCGCACAGAUGUUUGCCCAGAAGUACGGCAUGGACCUGCUGUCCAUCGGUGGCGUCAUGCGUCGGGUUCUGGACACCCAGGAGCACAGCGAUUUGGCCAUGCAGAUGAAAGAGCACCUCCACCAGGGCCAUGCUGUGCCUGAUGAACUGGCCAUCCAGUGCCUGGAGAUGGUGCUCAUGAGCUUGGUCUGCUGCACGCAAGGGUAUGUGCUGGAUGGCUUUCCAAUGACAAUGAAGCAAGCUGAGCUAAUGCAGUCUCACAGUAUCGUCCCCAUGAUCAUAGUCGAGAUGGGCUUGGACACAGUGGAUGUCCUCAAGAGAGGCCUUGCUGACAAGCUGGAGGAGAACAAACCCUACUUAAUGCACGACAGCGCAGAGAUCAUCCACAUUCGCAACACCUGUUACAGUGAGGAGGUGGAGAAGAUGAGACAACACUUCCAACAACAAUAUGAUAACUGGAUCCUGCUCGAUGGCCUCAAGAGCAAGUGGUACAUCUGGGAGAUCCUUAUGAAAAAGAUCAGCACCAGUAUGAACUACAUCCACACCUACCUGCAGAGGACCCGGAGCGGUCGAGCAGGCUGCAUCAACAAGCUUUGCGUGACGCCCAAGGAGUUCCUGCAACAGCUUGGCGAGUUUGGCCAGUACUGCCCUGUCUGCUUGGCUCUAAAUAACCACCUAGUGGACUGCUCAGAAACUGCGUCCCUUAUGCACGCAGCUGAAUACAAGAGACACUACUACAAGAUGUGUGACACAAACCACUUGGAGAUAUUCCUCGCGACUGCGGAUCAAUUUGUCAGCCCUGGCUGCCCACGCCCCCUCCCAGAACCACAACUGUUGCCAAAAAAGUUGUCUGACAGCGAUGUGAAGGACAGAUUCCCACAGCAGUUUGAGAUGAAGGGCUUCUGCCCCGUCACUUAUUUGGAUGGGAAGCUGAGAUAUGAAGCUUUGGUGCGUGGAAGUGUUGACUAUGCAGUGGAAUUCCGAGAAUGCAUCUACGCUUGCGAGACAAAGGAAAAACAGUACAAGUUUUUGAGCGCUCCGGAACUCUACUGGAACUUGCAAUUGCCCUCCAAGGUUCCCCCUCUGUGUGAGCCUAUUCCCCUCACUUUACUUCCCACAUUGGGCUACCUGGAACAGGGUGUGGCAGUGGCGGUCAUCAAGGCCAUGACAGCUGUUGGAUGCUUGAAGCCAAAGUUUCCCUUCUACAGUAUGGAAAAAUCAGCUCUCCACUAUGUGGCGUUCUAUAUGAAAGCAUUCAACCAUUGCAGCACCGAGCACAUUCGCCAGCUGUUCAAAAAGAAGUUGGCCUCAUUUGAGGAGAAUUGCGCACUCAUCCCCUACCUGAGCGGAACGAUGAAAGCGCCGUACAAGUUACCCAGUGAACACCCCAUUGAUUUUGAGUUCAAACUGAACAAGUUCCUCACCUUACGUGACUCACCCGAAGACGAAACCAACUUCUAGCCGACUGCCUGUAAAGGGGUGGUGUGUCGUUUUUUUCAACUUGAUUCGAAUGUACUUUUUUGGUCAAAAACACAGUGGAAACCUCACACACACACACUCAACAGGGGCCCCAGAAGCACCCAAAAAUGGCAUAAAAUGCCAGAGUUUGAAUUUUGCGAUUUUUGACAAAAAACGUAUAUCGUUUAUCGUAUAUUGCAACGGCAGAUUCCAAAGCUCAAAGUUUGGCGGCAUGCCACGCCCACAUCGUAUGGAACAUCCCAAAAUCCUUAGCAAUUUAACAUCGGCCAUCCGUCUAGUGUCCGUUGAUGCUACAACGGACUCAUUUGGUCAAACCCCCUAGGAGGAGUUCGUCGAGAUACGACCCCUACUUCUGGCCAUCAAAAAUGGCCGACUUCCUGUUCGUUUUGCAAUAUGGGUUCUUGAGACUUUUUGGUGCGUCCUGUCAUGAUAGAUGUCUCCACCAAGUUUGGUGACGAUCGGUGAAACUGGUGGCGGGGGGUAAUUUAAAAAAAAAAAUCAAAGUGGCGCUAGUGAGUCAAUUUUGGAACAUUAUUUAUGAAACCCAUAAAAUAUCAAAUUUUUCACCAGGCCUGAUGUGCUUGCCAAAUUUGGUGAGUUUUCGGGCAUGUUAAGGCCCUCAAAAUCGCGAUCAUUUUGGGAUCAUUGGGAUCAUUGCGAUUACAAUAGGGCUUUCACACUGUCAGUGCUCGAGCCCUAAAUAUUGUAACACUCUAUAUUUACAAAAAAAUAAAGAUUUCUCCAACACCUCUACUGGACACAUUCUAUGCCUUGGUAACAACGCUUUGCAGGGGUGUUGAUUGUAAAAAUUCUGUCACACUUUUCGAGCUGAUAUAUUUUGGAAUAUUUAGCUCACUUUUCUGUGUGU